AACAAAUGGAAACCAAAAAUAGGUGGGAGUCACAAAGAACAGCAUGUGCUAGCCGCAGCAGAAGACCCAAUUAAUACAGUUCCAGGGACUCUCUGACCACUUGCUAAACUGUAGUUUGAAAUCCGCCAUGCCUGGAGCUGGAAUGAUGACAACUGCAGGAAUCGCGCCAAAGUUACCUGCGGCUGACGUCAUUUGUUUGAGGAAUGGAUCUUUGCAAUCGCAAACCUCCGAGAGGUUUUUCCCUCUGAAACUGGACUAAAAAAUUUCUACUGUUGAAAGUCAUUAAAAGUUAUACAACAAGUUUCAGUUACACAACUGAAGAACUGGAACUUUUCAGAGUUAAGUACCAAACUGGGCAUGGGUUAAGGGCUGCAAUCCUAGCUACUCAGGAGGUUGAGGUAGGAAGAUUGCUUUAGCCCAGGAGCUUGAGGCUGCAGUGAGAGAUGUUUGCGCCAUUGCAGUCCAGCAUGGGUGACAGAGUGAGACCCUCUUUAAAAAAAAAAAAAAAGUCAAGCACUACAUUGGUCAUGGUGGCUCAGGCUAUAAUCAUGGGAGGUCAAGGGGGGAGUAUGGCUUGAGGCCAGGAGUUCGACACCAGCCUGGGCAACAUAGCAAGACCCUACUUCUAUAAAAACUUUUUAAAAAUUAGCCCAGCUGGUGACAUGCUACUGUAGUCCCAGCUACUUGAGAGGCUGAGGCAGGAAGAUUGUUGAAGCCCAGGAAUUUGAGGUUACUGAGCUAAUAAUGAUCAUGCCACUACACUUCAGCCUGGGCCACAGAGGCUGUUGUUUCUUAAAAAAAAAGAAAAAAAUUCAUCAAACACUAAUGGUAAUGUGUUUUGGUGGUGGAUCACACAGAGCAUUUGUACCCUGUAGGGCCUGAGAAUGGAAGGGAUACUGAGCAUCCACCCUUUAGUGGGGGACCCCAAGGCCAAAGCGCCAAGGAGCUGUUCCCUGCUCAUCUUUUCCCCAGGAUGGAGAUCUUUGGAUGGAAUUCAUCCCGAUCAGGGAACACUGGUCUAACUUUUACAUCAGGUAUGAGAAUUACUGUUGGAAGCAUCACUUACCCUACCAGAUGGUGAAGACAGAGCAGUGGUUCUGGAACGCUGGGCAGCAAGCACGUGCCUGACUAGCAAUUUGAAUGAUUCAUCAGACCUCAGGAGUCAAGACUGUGUGCAGUUUCUACCCCUCCCUGGCACUUGGGUUAGUUGGAAACCUGGAGGCAAUGACAGGGACCCCCCAAGGUCCUUGGGACAAGCCCACCAUCUGAUUAUAAGGCUGGCCGUGGUCACAGGAGGUGCGUGCAGGGACCCUUUCCCGCCGGUGCGGCACGAUGCGGAGUGAGGAGCUGCCGGGCACAGCGGAGCAGGGCUGCGGGCCGGACGACGCGGGGGCGCCUCCCGGCCGCCUGGGGGCGCCGUACUCCGAGGCCUGGGGCUACUUCCAUCUGGCCCCCGCGCGCCCGGGGCAGCCUUCGGGCCACUGGGCCACGUGCCGCCUGUGCGGGGAGCAGGUGGGCCGCGGCCCAGGCUUCCAGGCGGGGACCUCGGAGCUGUGGAGGCACCUGAGGAGCGCGCACCGGCGGGAGGUGGAGGGGAGCGGCGCCUGGCGCUCGCCGCCCCCCACGUCCUGCCCACCGGCGCCCUUCCCCGCCGCGGCCGCCGAGGGCGACUGGGCGCGCCUGCUGGAGCAGAUGGGUGCUCUGGCCGUGCGCGGCAGCCGGCGCGAGCGGGAGCUGGAGCGGCGCGAGGCGGCCGUGGAGCAGGCCGAGCGCGCCCUGGAGCGGCGGCGGCGGGCGCUGCAGGAGGAGGAGCGCGCCGUCGCCCAGGCGCGCCGCGAGCUGCAGGCCCAGAGGGAGGUGCUGCAGGCGCGGCUGCGGGAAGUGAACCGCCGGGAGGGCGCGCCUCUCAAAGAGGACCUGGAGGGCGACAGGGGCGGCUGCGUCAUAACGAAGGUCCUCCUGUAGGGGUUUGGUCCUUUCCACCACCCCACGCCUGCGCUCCUCCAAAUUGGGCCCUGGUCUGGGUGCCACAGCCUCGCCUGGGACAGGGGUGCUGACUCGGAAACUCCAAAAUGCGGGGCUCUCCACGUGAUGCUGACCUUCAGUUUGAGAAACACUUAGGAUGCUGACACAGAAUCAAAACUGCGUCCUCAGUGGGGGCACCUGGGUGGCCUUACGUGCGCAUGCGUGUAGGGGAUGUGGUGCACAGGGGAAGCCUGAGCGCUCCAGCAAGUCUCCUGAACCCAAAUCACCUGAUGCCAGGGCCACUUACGGCUGGGGAACUGAAGACUAGUCUAAAGGACAAAAGCUUCUUUUCACACCAAAGACUUAACACCACUUGUGCCUAUACACCUGGCAGCCCAAGGUGGAGGGCAUGUGCAAACGAGGAUAAAGCGUUUUACCCAGUCUUACUCAUUUCCUAAUGCGUAAUCUGCCCAGCACCAAGUUCUGAAAAGGGGACCUUGGGUUUCCAUGAUUGCUCUUUACCCCAUCGUCUCUAGUGCCUCAUGGGUAGUCCCGGAUCCCCUAGCUUUAUUUUAUCCUUCCACAUUGCCCGGCCAAUACCAGAUGCACCAUGUCACAGCGCAGCUGUCUUGCCCUUGGUUCAUACCCAGUGGUAGGGUCUGAACUCUCUCUUUCAAGCAUCUGCUUUUUUGCCUCACCCCCUUGUCACUAGGAUGGGUGAUUCCUUCCAGACAUCUUCACAGUCCUCACCUCUGGAGCAAAGGAGAAAGCAUCCUUCCCAUCUAAGGCCAGGUCUUCCUGUUAUGUCUUCAUACCACUCCCCUUCCUCAUUUACUGGGUCUUUGCUCCAUUAAUAUUCUUCCUUUCUCUGUCUCAUUCCCUCCCUUUCCCGAGGCUCUUCUCCCUUGGCAAUGCCUGGUCUCCCUUAUACUGAAGACUCAGUCCAAAAUGGUCAGGUAGUCUUUUGCAGCCUGUGGUACCCUCCCCAGUUUUUACUCCUUCACUCCUCAACUCUUUCAACGCCACCACAAUCUUCUAAUGUUCAAAUUUGACAAUUCAUUUUCAGCCUUCAAUUUGUUAUUCUUUCCCAUCUUCAAAUUCCUUUCUUGGGAAGUGGAUCAUGCUUUCCCUCCAAAGAAUUCCUUUUCCUGAUAUAUACUGGUUCUCAGUUUUUCCUCCAUCUUCUCUUUUUUUAAAUUUUUUUCUCAUUUAUUUUUAUGUUGAAAAAUUCAACAUAAAAAAUACUCGGGGAAAAAUAAAAAACACCAGAAAAAUUUGAAAGGCUGGUACUAUGUAUACCCAAAUACUCACGUUCCAACCAGAUUGUUAACAUUUUACCGUAUUUACUUUUCCUUCACCCCGUGCGUGGGUGUAUAUAAUGACAUUUCACCCAUAAGUAUUUCAGUAUAUAUUUCCUAAGAACAAAGACAUUGUUUUACAUAAUUAUAGUAUGCUUACCAUACCUAGCAAUACAAACAAAAGCCUCUAAUAACAGCAUCCUUAGUCAAAAUUCACGGGUUGUCUCAAGAACAUCUUUUUGUCUUUUGUUUUUAAAACCGGAUCCAGUCAAGGUUCAUACAUUGCUUUUGGUUAUGACUCUUCCGUCUUCUUUUAGUCUAAACUCUAGAACAACCUUCUUGUAUUUUUUUCCAUGACACUUAUUUUUGAUGCAUCAGGCCAGCUGUCUUAUCCAAUGUCCUAUAUUCUAGAUUUGUCUGAUUGUUUCAUUGGGCCAAUUUCUACACUCCUGGCUCAUCUCCCUGUAGAGUACAAUGAUCUUUUCUGUGCCGGGGACCCAAAUAUCUCCAGGCUUGUGUUGGUCCUUCAUGUCCAAUCCCUUGCUCUUGUCUCCCACUUGCAUAUCCUACCUCUGACGUGGAAGGGGCAACUCCAUUGAACUUGCAUCCACCCUUCCCCUGGGAACUAAUUGGGUUCUCAGUGUAUUGGGCACAUGCCACACACUUUGCAGGUUUUCUCAUUCUCACAGCUCCAUAACACUGUACCUGUUUUGCAGCUACAGAAACCAAGCUAGAGGGAUUAAGUAGCCUGUACAAGAUCACAGCUGGUAAAUAGUAGAGGUGGGAUCCAAAUGCAGUCAGUUGCCAUGCCCCUAGCUACUGUACUGCCUCUGGAGAGCUCUGCUUCCCUUGUUACUUCCUGCUUCCUUCCUAACUCCAGCUAAGUAAUUCCAGUUGGUGAAUUAACUGGAAUUGGUAACAUUUACUGAGUUCACCAUGUGUCAGAAGUAAAUGCUUUAUGAGAGUAAUUACUUGCCACACAAUAACCUUAUAACAUAGACGCUACUAUGCCCUUGUAGAUGAGACAGGCUCAGGGGCCCUAAGUAAUGUCUUGAGAGACACAGCUGGGAAGAGGUAGAAUGGGAUUUGAACUCAUCACUGAAUCCUAGGCAUCUGCUCUAAUAAGCCUAUUGCUACAAAAUAUUGUACCUGCCUUCCUUCUGAUGCCACCUGCCAAGCCUAGGCCCCACUUAUCAUUCAUCUGGGAUUCAUCUUACCAUCCUUGUCUUCUCCUGCCCCCACUACCUGACACGCAACUGGGCCAAAGACAAGGACUUGUCCUAAGGUAACACUGAUUAAUUGCAUCACUUUUCCUGCUCAAAAGCCCCAAGGUCACCCAUCACCUACUUACUAUAGUCUAAGCUUUAACACUGGCCCAACAUUCAAGUUCCUGCCCUUCCGCAGUGCCAGGCUUACUGUCCCCUCACCUACGCACACUGUAUGCUCUUCUUCCUGACUGCUCUGCUGUUGGUAUCUCUGCCUCUUAAAAAGCCCCCUCAAUCUCCUUGAGUACAAAAAAUCCUACCCAUUUUCUAAGAGCAUGAAGCUUUCCUUGAUUUCUCAUUUCAAGGCAUUUGCUUACUUCUCUGGAUUCCUAGCAUUCUGUAUCUCACUAACCUCCAAUCAGGCCAUCUGGCAUGUGGUAAGUAGGUCUCUGUUUUACAGCUAGACUCUGAGCCCUGGGGGGUCAUUGAUUCAUCCUAACCGCACAGUGCCUUGCAUACAAUAGCUGCUCAAUAAAUAUUUGAGGUGAAGAUCCCAUUCAAUGUGAUUUUAUAAGUUAGUUUUUCUGUAAUGAUUUAUCUUUAAUUCUCUGUGUAAAAUUUGUAACAAAAGGCUACAAGGAAAUAAUAGUAAUAACUUUCUAAGCUGUUAGUCAAUAAGGAUUUAUGAAGUGCCAGUUGGGGGCUGUUCAGCUAUUGCAGUAUGUAAAACUUUUAUAAUUAUACAAAUAACACAAAUAUAUCGCCCUAGUCUCGGAAGAACAACAACAAAAAUCCCCCAAAGUCUGGUUACUUUAGUAAAACUAUUAAUGGUUUAAUGUAUUUUCUUUUGCUUUUGCAAUUUUGAUAUUACUCUAAUAAUAUUGUAAGUAAUGUCUUUAGAGACACAGCAAUGAAGAGGCAGAAUGAGAUUUAAACCCCUACUCUGUUAAAUAUUAGAAUUUAAUGUCAUGUGGAUUUAUAAGUUAGGCUAUACGAUCUGAAUUUGAACUUUUUAGAAGGAAGAAAAGACCUCUGCAAAUGUUACUCUUCUAUUCCACCAAUUGAGAGAAUCAUUAAAAUAAAGCAAAGACUUAAGAGUCUUAACCACUCCCUUAAGAAAGAGAGCUAAUGGGAGCCUGCUGGCCAGUUCAGGGGACAGGAGAGAACACUUGGCCAGAUAGCUGCCUGUGGGAGUCAAGGGAAGAGGUUUUACUUUGCACUUUAUACACUUCUGCACUGUUGCAACUUUUUAUACUAAGCAUGAAUUAUUUUUAUAAUUAAAGUAAAAAUAAUUUUAUAAUUAAAAA